AUGUGCCGCAUCUGCAAGUCAUUUUAUAUCUUUAGUGACUUCUUCUGCGAACUUUCACUCUUUAUAAACUGGCUAAUCAUUUCUGCUGCGACUUUGUUUUGCUGUCAUCAGUUCUCAGUAACCGGAAACAACAACAGAGACAGGCUAGCAUUGCUUGAUAUCAAAGCCAAGAUACCCGAUGACCCACUGGGUGUCAUAAGCUCAUGGAAUGACUCUCACCACUUCUGUGAGUGGACUGGGGUUAUUUGUGGCCGUAGGCAUCAGAGAGUGACAGCACUUCACCUGAAUGACUCGAAACUCACAGGUAUUCUCUCCCCUCAUCUUGGUAAUUUGAGCUUCCUCCAACAGAUAUCCCUUCAAAACAACAGAUUUGGAGGGACAAUACCACAAGAAAUUAGUCGUUUACAUAGGUUGGUGGGGAAAAUCCCACCCACGCUUGGUUCUCUGUCACGUUUAAGAUAUCUCUAUUUGACAAGAAACAAGUUGACAGGCGAUAUCCCUUCGUCCUUGGGGAACUUAUCAUCCCUGUUAGAGCUCCAUAUAGCUGAAAACAAUUUGGUUGGAAGGAUUCCAGAAUGGCUAGGCAAACUCAGAAAUUUGACCAUUCUGGUAUUAGAGGGCAAUAAGUUUUCCGGGAGAGUCCCUCCCUCGAUCUUUAACCUCUCUUCAUUGACACAUUUAAGUUUAGCCCGGAAUGACUUGGAAGGAGAACUUCCUUCAUAUUUAGGUAACACUCUUCCACGUCUUAGGUGGUUCUCAAUACACAACAAUCUAUUCACCGGACAUAUUCCACAUUCGAUAUCCAAUUCCUCAAAUCUAGAAUUUCUCGAUUUGUCAGUGAACAACCUCUAUGGACAAGUUCCUUCUCUGCACAACUUACUAAGGCUUUCUCACUUUGUCCUCUACAAUAACUCCCUUGGGCUUAACAAAGCCGGGGAUUUGAACUUUGUUUCUUCCUUGCCCAAUGCCACCAAUUUAAAAUGGCUACAGUUAAGUGACAAUAACUUCAAAGGAACUUUUCCAAGAAUCAUCUGUGCUUUCUCAUCUCUUACUUUUUUGACAUUAGGCAACAAUAACUUCGCUGGUGAAAUUCCAAAUUGCAUAAUGAACUUAGCAAAACUGCAAGUUUUUACGGUUAGUAACAACAGACUUGCAGGGGUCAUUCCUCAAGGCAUAGGCAAGCUCCAAAACAUCAUUAGUUUACAUUCAAAACGCAACCAAUUUUCAGGGGUCAUUCCACCUUCAAUUGGAAACUUAACCAAGUUGUCUAGUUUUUCCCUGCCAAAUAACAGUAUUGAAGGCCAAAUACCUGCAACUCUUGGAAAUUGUAGAUCACUAAUAAGAUUAGAUCUUUCAAAUAACAAGCUUAACGGUACGAUACCGUCACAACUAUUUAAUCUCCCCAGCAUGUCCAUCAUACUCAAUCUUUCUGGAAAUCAUCUGACUGGAUCCCUACCUGAAGAAGUCGGACAAUUGAAGAAUCUUGACAGCCUUGAUGUUUCACAUAACAUGAUAUCAGGUCAUAUACCAAGCUCUCUUGGUAGUUGCGAGUCGUUAGAGUUCCUAUACAUGCAAGAAAAUAAUUUCAGGGGCACCAUUCCUGGUGCAUUAAAAACAUUAAAGGGUCUCCUCUGGUUAGAUUUGUCACACAACAAUCUUGAAGGUGAUGUACCUACAGGUGGAGUCUUCAACAAUGCAACUGGUGUCUUGAUAACUGGAAACAACAGGCUAUGUGGAGGCAUACCCGAGUUAAAGCUGCCCCGCUGUAAACUGAGCCGCAACACCAAAAAAACAAGAUUAGAGCACAGAGAGAAAUUGACAAUUGCAAUUCUUUCUGUGCUUUUUGGAGUUACUUUGCUAGUGGCUUUACUUGUGUCAUUAUACAGGUUAAGAAAGAGGGAGAGGACCAAGGAGACCACCAUUUACGGUGUUAAAUAA